CAAGUGUUGCGUCUGUAUUUGUUGCUUCAUUCAUAAUACAUGUAAACACAUGCAAAUGGCUGCUUACAGCAAUAUUCAUCCAAUGAAAGAGUAAAAUUCUUCAUAUUUCUAAACAUGUUUUGGGCCACACACGUGUUUAAUUGUGUCAUCAUGAUAGACAUCACUGGAUUAAUUUUGCCAUGCAGAAUAUAAGCUACACGAUGUCAUUAGAGGACCUGUGACAUUCAGUCGAAACAUCUGUGUCUUUUAUUAGACAGUAUGUAAAACCAGAGGCACUAAAAGUGGGAUUCAAACCCACGACCUCACAUCCUGUAAUGCAGCUACAGAAGCAGAUCCUGUGUCUGCUGUGCUGCAGUGACAGCACACCUAGAAAAACAGCCUUACCAUUUAGCUACUACUCAUCUGGCUUGGCUCCUCUACAGCUAAAGUGGUGGUGUGCAAGAUGAUGGAGCCCCUGCCAAUAAUAAAGCAUUAGGAUAUUGAACUAAACUGAUAAAACUGUCAAUCACACAGAGGCUCCAGUAACUGUGAAUGUGCAUGGUAGAUUUAUUCUCCCUAUUGUUUUCUUUUUUCCUUUCCACUAUUUUCCUUAUCUGUGUGCUUUGUACACGAUUACUUCACAUAGCAUGCCAAUGAAGUAAAGUAGAAAAGACCGAAAUCACCUCAAUCAAAAAAUAACACCUUUUAUGUGCAAGAAUGCAGUGGAUUUAAAGCAAUGUUAUCCUAUUUUCAUGUUUUUUUUACUUUAACAUUCAUACUUGACUUUUUGUGGCAUAUAAGCUUUUAAAUAGCAAAGGGAGGGUUUAUCUCUGUGGUGUACAAGGUGAAUUAUAGCUGCUAAUCAUAAAUUAAUAUAUUUUUAUGGGUUAUUUAAAAAAUGUCAUGCAUAUAAUUUUCCUACUUUCUAUGAGGUUUCUCUUAAUAAUAUAAAGCAAACUGGAUUCUGCAGGGGGAAAAAAGUUGAUUACCAUCGACGGUUUCAUCCUCCACUCUAAUGGUGUUUUUGAAAAGACUGAUUGCAAAAGAUGAACAGCCAGAGGCAACCCCCCUCCUCCUCCUCACCCCCUCCUCCUCCUCACCCCCUCCUUCCUCAUCCGUCCAUCCACGCUUCCUUUCCUCUGCUGCUGGAUGCUGCGUUAGGAGCGCACGCAGGACUGUACCGGGGCUUCCCUUCUGUCUGAUGGAGACGGGCUGAGGAGGGACCAGGUCCGGCCGGCGGAGACCACCUCGAGGAUCCUGCAAGAGGGACUCCGCUCCUGCUGCUGCUGCUGCUGCUGUGAAGAGCCGGGGGAGCGGACACGAAACAGGGGAGCGAGAGAAGAGACACGGGAGAUCCUCCAUCAACCGAAGGUCUCCUGCAUCUCUUCCAGGACGUGUCGCGCUGAUUGUGUUUAACAUGCACAAUCCCAAGAGUGUGUAGUGUCAAGGGGAGUGUUUUGUGUGAGUGUGUGAGAGGAUACUUUAAUCGCAGAGAUGGGCUCGGUGGGAGCGGAGCGCCGCAGGCCCACUCCGGCCCAGACGCCCGAGGAGAGAGACAUUUGGAGGGAUGGAGGAAGAGCUGGAUGGAGGGAUGCAGGGAGGGAGGGCUGGAGAGAGGGAAGAGAGAGUGGCGUGGUGCAGAGCUACAGCUUCGACUCCUACCAGCUGGAGGAGGAGGAAAUCGGUAAAGAUGCCCCGGAGCGAGGAGUGCUGGCUCUGUCCGAGCCCGACUUUGAGGAGCCGAUCCCUGAUGACCGUUACCAUGGCAUCUACUUUGCUAUGCUAUUGGCUGGAGUGGGUUUCCUGCUUCCCUACAACAGCUUCAUCACUGAUGUGGACUACCUGCACCACAAGUUUGAAGGGACGUCCAUAGUGUUUGACAUGAGUCUGACCUACAUCCUGGUGGCUCUGUUGGCCGUCAUCCUCAACAACGUGCUGGUGGAGAGACUCAGCAUGCACACCAGGAUCACUGUGGGUUACAUCUUAGCUCUCGGGCCACUGAUCUUUGUCAGCGUGUUUGAUGUGUGGCUGGCAAAGUUUACCACCAGGCAGGCUUACAUCGUCAACCUCGUGUCAGUGGGAGUGGUGGCCUUUGGAUGUACAGUGCAGCAGUCCAGUUUCUAUGGUUACAUGGGGAUGCUGCCCAAGAGGUACACGCAGGGGGUGAUGACAGGAGAGAGUACAGCAGGAGUGAUCAUCUCCCUGUCUCGCAUCUUCACCAAGCUGCUGAUCUCAGACGAGAGGAGGAACACGCUUAUCUUCUUCCUCGUCUCCAUCAGCAUGGAGAUGCUCUGCUUCCUGCUUCACCUGCUGGUCCGCCGCUCCCGAUACGUCCGUUACUACACCAACCACGCCCAGGGCAAAGGCCCGGGCAAAGGUCAUGACCCGCGUGACAGCGGGACGGGAUACCGGGUUCACCAUGAUGUCACCGCAGAGGAAGUAAGAUUUGGAAAUAGUGGAACAGGACCGUCUACUACAGAGGAAGGCAUUGAGGACAUUGUUGGUGGGAUGUACGUGCGAUUUGACGCCCCUACAGCCAAGAUAAGGAAGAGCUGGCCCGGUGUCCGCGACAUGAUCUUGCAUCGUUACGUGGUGUCCCGUGUGAUCUGGGCCUACAUGUUGUCUAUAGCGGUGACCUACAGCAUCACUCUGUGUCUGUUCCCCGGCCUGGAGUCAGAGAUACGAAACCCAACCUUGGGGGAAUGGCUCCCCAUCCUCAUCAUGGCCACCUUCAACAUGUCUGACUUUGUUGGCAAGAUCCUGGCAGCGCUGCCGUACGACUGGUCUGGAGGCCGCCUGCUCUUCUUCUCCUGCCUGAGGGUGGUUUUCAUCCCUCUGUUCGUCAUGUGUGUGUACCCUGCGAACGCACCCACCCUGUCCCACCCUGCCUGGCCCUGUCUCUUCUCCCUCCUCAUGGGAGUCACCAAUGGCUACUUCGGUUCUGUGCCGAUGAUCCAGGCUGCUGGCAAAGUGCCGCCCGAACAGAGGGAGCUGGCAGGGAACACCAUGACAGUCUCCUAUAUGACGGGCCUUAUGGUGGGCUCCGCUGUGGCGUACGCAGCUUACAGCUUCACCGUUCCUGAAUCAGGAACACGCAUCUCCACACUCAACUUACACCCACCUGCAAACGCUACCGGGUAUUGAAUGUCCACACACCUGAAUAAAACACACACACACA